AUGACACAAUCGGAAAGCCCACAAGAAGAAAAUGUCCCGAAUGGUGAUCCACCUCCGUAUACGUCAUCUGUAACUUUGCCUAGUGCCACUCAUAUACCACAAACUGCGUCGAAUGCAGAAAGUAUUCAAAAUCCCGAACCAUCGGUUGUUUAUCAACAAGAACCUACAGUGUGUUACAUUGUUCAAAAUAAUAUCCUUCCUACACAACUCCCGAUCGAUUUGGCUCCUGUCAGCAUGUAUUGCCCGCGGUGUGGUAAUUAUAUAACUACUCAAGUGUUUGAAAUUCCCGGAUCGACCACCUAUUGUUACACUAUUAUCUUGUGUUUUUUAUUCUGGCCACUUGCGUGGUUGCCAUUUUAUAUGUCGAGUUGUCAGGAUAAAGUUCAUCGGUGUCCAAGCUGUGGAAAUACAGUUGCUGUUGUCUGCGCUUAA